AUGGGAGUUAGUGAAAAUGCGGAGAAAGAAAGAGUUAUGGUUGAAAGAAGAGAAAAACAAGAGGUAGAAAAUGAGAAGGAAGUAGAAAAGAAAAAAAUUGAGGAAAAGGUAGUUGAAAAUGAGAAGAAUUUGAGUGAUAAGCGGAAAAAGUAUAAAACAAGAGAAAAGAAAGGAAAGAUGAACAAAUCGCCUACACAACACCUACCGUAUCCUCAUGCUCAUACCAAGAAGGACCAAGAAAGGAAAUAUACUAGGUUCUUGAAUAUUUUUAGAAGGUUACAAAGAAUCACGGAUGAAGAAAUAAUUCAAGUGGAUGCUAGCUACAGUAUUGUUAUUCAGAAAGCCCUUCCACAAAAAGAAACCAAUCCUGGAAGAGUUACGUUACCUAUUACUAUAGGUAACGUAAAUGUUGGAAAGGCAUUGAUUAAUCUUGAUUCCAGCAUAAAUCUCAUUCCUUUAUCAGUGGUUAAAAUGAUAGGUUAUAUGGACAUGAAACAUACGAAGAUGACACUACAACUAGCAGACAAAUCCAUCACUCGACCAUCAGGAAUAGAUGAAAAUGUAUUGGUUAAUGUCGACAAAGUUCUAUUUCCUAUAGAUUUCAUGGUGAUGGAUGUAGCGGUAAAUUCAUGA